UCUGUGUCACAGCGGGGCGGACACGCGCAAGCAGGAGGAACUUGCUGGUCGUCCAGUUGGCAAACUGACUAAGUUAUCUUCGGUAACUUGAAGGCUUUAAACAAAACCACUAUGACUUCGACGAACAUGUUUCAAGGGUUGGAUACGGGUUCAAAGCCAAGCUCAAGGGUGCUACGGCCUCCUGGAGGUGGCUCCAGUAACCUGUUUGGUGGCUAUGAAGACGACUCGGCAUCAAGAAGGCCCAACAGAAUGGCCUCUACAGUUUUUGCUCCAGCAGAAGAGCCCCAGAGUGUUCCUAAACGCUCAAAUCCUCCAGGUGGGAAGAGCAGUGGAAUAUUUGCGGAAGCUGAAGCUCCAGCACAGCCGCAGAAACCCAUGGCUCCAGUUGGACAAACUAGCAACAUAUUCGGGGCUGGUGAAAGUGCACCUGCCCCAAGCCCAAGCAGGAACCACCCAAAUAAGCCAAAGGACAAUCUCAGUGUGGGACCUGAACCUGAAUCACCAGCUCCUGCAGUCAAAGUCAGCCAACCUGAGGUGAAGGUGGAAUCCCCAGCUCCAGCUGUUGCUCCAGUUAAAGAAGAGCCUCCUGCUCCUGCAGCUGCUGCUGCCCCCCCUCCAGAGCUUCAGCCCGCCUCUUCCUUAGCAACUGACGAAGCUUCGCUGAAGAACCACGAGCCUCACCUGGGACCCAAACCACGUUCUCACAACAGGGUCCUGAACCCCCCUGGAGGAAAGUCUAGUGUGGUAUUCUACUAAUAGUCUGAACACACCACUCCUCCCUGUUUGUCUGUCUACCCCAUAUCUGCUCCUCUGUUAAUCUUCUCUCAUUCCAACACCCCUCCCCCAAAUGGUUGGUUCAGCUUUUCAACUUAACACAGCCCAGGAAUUUUCAUUUUUACACCAGAUUCAUCAUCACAUAUGCCCUCUUCAAACUUCUUGCACUUUUAGCCCUUUUUCUGGCUCCCAGCUCUUUGUCCAUUAAUGUUGUAUUAAACCCUCAAAUAUACAAUCAACAAAACUUCAAUCUACAGGAUAGCUAGUACACUAUCACUUUGUUCUGUGUCAGUGUUGCUGUUUUCACGGUUUAUGUUGAGCGUGUUUCAAUCUACUUUGACCUUUUUAAAACAUUGCAUCUCAAAAUUGAGACUUCAGAAAAAGACUGUAAAGUUUGUCUGCCUUAACAGCCCUGGAUUUAAAGGUUAAUGUUUAGGUUUACAGUCAGGAGGGGGUGAACAGAUUCUCACCAGUGUAAAAUGUUUCAGGGAGUUUCCACUAGUGCCACCUUUUAUGUGUGGGUAGAUUAUGAUCGAAUGGUUAAAUAAUGCAUGCGGUAGAUUACACCUAAUGACGAUGAAGCCUUACAUCAUCUGAUCUUUUUUGUCUUACAUUAAACGUCUGCUGUCAGAGCACAAAGUCUGUUAAUAGGAAGAAUGCCAAAAAUUGACAUUGAAACAAAGACAAAUCCUUUACUCCAAAUAUUCCAUUUUGAUUUUAUUCGAAUGUAUUGUGCAGGUACUUUUCUGCUUUGUUCCAAUUGCUUGCUUUAUAUGAGAACAUGCCUUUUUUUUGCUUGGGGUAGGCCUCUGUUUAUGUUUUAAAUUAAAACGGCUGAAGACAAGUGAACUCCGGACAAGCGCGUGGCCUACCUGAGUCCAGGUGGGCUCUGUAAUAAUCACCUUUUCACCCACUUCCUGACGCACAUUCAUGAUAUUCAGAUGCCAGCCUGUCCCCUCUAUUGUUGUGCCUGGCAGGCAAUGAGCACAGCAGAAGGAAGAUAUCCUGUGAAUUGCAAUAAAACUGUUGUUUUGCAUUUGGACUUUGUUUAUUUUCUUUUACCAAAAGCAUAAUAUCAUUCACUCUUUCAAUAUGGCUAAUAAAAAAUGGUGUAAAAGAAAGUCUAAGGUCAGAGAAACAAAUAAAAUAUUGGAAAUGC